AUGAAACAGAGAUUUGGUUCAAAGGCUCAACCAGAAACUUUGGAAGUUGUCCAAAGCACAAUUGCCAAGCAGCUAUCUAUUGAUGAGAGUACAGUUACACCUCAGACUAAGUUUGCUGACUUGGGUGCAGAUUCCCUCGACACUGUGGAAAUAAUGAUGGCUUUAGAAGAGAAGUUUGGAGUGUCAAUUGGAGAAGAGGGAGCUCAGAAUAUUGCCACUGUCCAGGAUGCUGCUGAUCUCAUCCAGAAAGUAAAAGCAGCUCAAAAUUGA